UUGUCAGGGUUCUGUUUCCAGUAACUCCGCAGCUGCUCAAAAAAAGCACAGUGAAGGCUCUGGUAAAUGACAUAAUAACGGAGGAUGCAGCUUGUUUCAGUCUGAGUUCAGCAGCAUCUGUUUCUCCUGUGUAACAGAAAACUCGUGGAAACUGGUGACUGUGCACCACUUUAACACACGUCUUUUAAAGGUUAUGGAUAUUCUCCCACUCUUGUUGCUGCUGCUGGUGUGCAGAAAUGGUUUAUGUCAACAACAGGAAGAAGUUUGUGCAAAGUCUGUGAUCAACUCCUGUGGCGACUGCAUCAGAACAGGGCCAUUCUGCUCCUGGUGCAAACAGCUGAAUUUCACCAAACCAGGUGAGCAGGAAGCAGUGCGCUGUGACACUAAAGCCCAGCUGGUAAAGAAAGGCUGCAACAUUUUUGAAAUCAUCGCUCCUGAAAACAACAAGACAACGAUCAAAGAUGUCCCCCUGAGCACAUUGUCGAGCCAACAGGAACCAGUCCAAAUGAGUCCACAACACGUCAGCCUGAAGCUGAGACCAGGACUUCCUGAAACAUUCACAGUUUCCUUCAGCAGAGCUGAGGGCUACCCAGUGGAUCUCUACUAUCUGAUGGAUCUGUCCUACUCCAUGAAGGAUGACCUGAAUAAUGUCAAAGGACUGGGGCAAGAUCUAUUUGCUGCCCUUAAAAAAAUCACUAAGGAUGCUACCAUAGGUUUCGGUGCCUUUGUGGACAAGACAGUUCUUCCCUACACCAACACCAACAAAGAAAAGCUGCUAAAGCCGUGUGAUGAGAAUGAUCAGCAGUGCCAAGCUGCCUUCGGAUACAGACAUGUACUCAGUUUGACCUCAAGUCAGGAUGAUUUCAAGGAAAAGGUGUCCAGUCAGUUCAUCUCUGGAAACUUAGACUCUCCCGAGGGCAGUCUGGAUGCCAUGAUGCAGGCCACCGUCUGUGAGAAAAUAAUCGGCUGGAGGAACAACAGCACUCGACUGCUUGUACUCGCAACAGAUGCUGGAUUUCACAUGGCCGGAGACGGAAAACUGGCUGGAAUUUUGGACCCCAACGAUGAACAGUGCCAUCUGGAGAACAACCUGUACACCAAAAGCAAUGAGAUGGACUACCCAUCUGUUGCACAACUAGCUAUGCAGUUGGAAAAAAACAACAUUCAGCCUAUAUUUGCAGUGACAGAAAACGUGAAGACCGUGUAUGAUGAACUCUCUAAAAUGAUUCCAAAAUCAGCUGUGGGAGUCCUGUCACAAGAUUCGGGAAAUGUCGUUGACCUGAUUGAAAAGGCCUACAAUAAACUCUCCUCCAAAGUCACGCUGACCCAGGAUGUUCUUCCUGACAACAUUAGAGUUGCCUACAAGCCAAAUUGUGCUAAUCCUAAACAAGAAGGCAGCAACAAAGGAGUUUGUGACAAUGUUCGUGUUGGAGAAAAGAUAUCCUUUGAUGUUACUGUCACUGCAGACUCUUGUAUGGAUAAGGAGAAGUCCUUCAUCAUCAGUCCUCUGGGGGUCAAAGACAGACUCAAUGUGACCAUCUCCACCAGCUGUGAGUGUCAAUGCAACGACCCCACCCAAGAAAAACACGCUCACUGCAACAAUCAGGGCAGAAUCAACUGUGGAAUAUGCAGCUGCUUGGAUGGAUUCGUGGGUCAGCUCUGCAACUGCUCCAUUAAAGAUAAAGACGAACAAUCCCUGCGAGCAUCCUGUCGGAGACACAAUGGCACCGAGUGUGAGGGCCGAGGAGACUGUGUGUGUGGGCGGUGCAACUGUCACACCACAGAGAAAGGAAGUAGCUACUAUGGAAAUUACUGCGAGUGUGACGAUGAACACUGUGAGAAGUUCCAGAAUAAACAAUGUGCAGGAAAUGGUCAAUGCAAAUGCGGUAAAUGUAUUUGUAAUAAAAAUUUCCAAGGCUCAGUCUGCCAGUGCUCGGGCUCUACGGAAGGCUGUCAAACAGAAAACAAUUCUGUGUGCUACGGCCGAGGGACCUGCACAUGUAAUCAGUGUGAAUGCAAGGAAGGGUACCAGCCCCCACACUGCCAGACAUGCCUCGGGUGUCCCGAUCCAUGCCAGACCAAACUGAAUUGCAUUGAAUGUCUCCAGUUUAAUUCUGGUCCUUUUCAAAAGAACUGUAGCUCUGCCUGUGUAAAUGUUUCUCAUACGACUGUGGAAAAGUUUACCAUAUCAAGCAAGGAGUGCCGCCAGAAGGACAGCGAGGGAUGCUGGAUCACCUUUAAACUGGAGCAGUUGCUUGGAGAGGAUAACUACAGGGCUGAGAUCCUGAAGCAGAAAGAUUGUCCGGAACCCCCUGAUGUCACAGCGAUCAUAGGAGGUUCCAUCGCUGGUGUGGCUUUCAUUGGCAUCCUGCUGCUGAUGCUCAUUAAGUUACUCAUCUACAUGAAAGACCUCAAAGAGUACAAGAAGUUUGAAAAUGAAAAGAAGAAAUCCAGAUGGGCAGAGGCUGACAACCCCCUGUUCCAGAAUGCUACCACCACUGUGGCCAAUCCUACUUUCACUGGGGAAUAACGACACCCACAUCACCCGAUCCCUCCUUUCUUCCAUCCCAGAUAUAUUUGUGUUUCAGAGCUCAUGUUCACAUUGGAUAUAUUUAAUGUCAUUAGUCCUCUAGACCAGUGUUUCCCAGUCCUGGUCCUCGGGGCACACCUACCGGAAUGUUUUCCAUGCCUCUGCUUUAGCACACCUGAUAUACAUCACCUUCUCAGGAUGACAUCAAGUGCUGCAGCUGCCUUUUAAUCACUCAUUCAUUAUUUCAUGGGGGCGACGGUGGCACAGGAGUUAAGUGCUCGCCCCGCAAUCGGAAGGUUGCAGGUUCGAGCCCCGCUCAGUCUGUCGCUGUCGUUGUGUCCUUGGGCAAGACACUUAACCCACAUUGCCUGCUGCUGGUGGUCGGAGGGACCGGUGGCGCCAGUGCUCGGCAGCCUCGCCUCUGUAAGUGCGCCCCAGGGCAGCUGUGGCUACAUUGUAGCUCAUCCCCACCAGUGUGUGAAUGUGCGUGUGAAUGUGUGUGUGAAUGGGUGAAUGACUGAUUGUGUUGUAAAGCGCCUUGGGGGGGGGGGUUCCAGGACUCUAGAAGGCGCUAUAUCAAAUACAGGCCAUUUACCAUUUAAGUCAGGUGUGUGGCAGCAGGGAAACACUGGCGUUUGAAACGGCAACAUGGAAAACAUGCAGGAGAGUGUGACCUGAGGACCAGGGUUUGGAAAUGCCGAUCUAGACUCUUCUAGUUAUUAUGAAGUAUUGCAGUUCCUGCCCAAGUGCCUUUUUAAAUAUUAGUUUCAAGUUCUAACAUAGGUGAUAUGUAAUUAAAUGCCUAUUUCAAAUAAUGUUAUCAAAUGUUUGUUUUGAGUUUUAGUUAAAUGAUCUGUACUCACACCCUCAUCAGCACUCCAACCUCAUGGGCACUUGGCUUGUUUAUUUUACAAAGAUGCACUCAGAAUGAUUUCUAAUCAUUUUUGAGGCCAGGGGUACACUUGUGUUUUUAGGGAUUCUGUUUUAGGUGCAAUAAGUAAGAAUUAUACAGUGGUCAGAGGGGCUGGUGGUGCCAGUGUAUGGCAGCCUCACUUCUGUCAGUGUGCCCCAGGGCAGCUGUAGCUACAAUGUAGCUCAUCGCCACCAGCAUGUGAAGGUGUGGGUAAAUGGCUGUAUGUGUUGUGAAGCACCUUGGGGGGUUGUAGAACACAAGAAGGUGCUAUGCAAAUACAAGCUGUUUAUCAUUUACAAAAGUUUGUCUCAGUCACGUUGAAAGGAAGGUUAGGUUUUCGUCUCGGUUUGGGGGUUGUCAGUUUUUAUCCUUUCAAGAGGCCAAAGAGGGAUUGUGGCCCAAACCCAAUACUCGCGCUGUGUCCCGUGGUCUUCUGUGAAGUGCAUUUGGAGAAAGUGCACAGUAAGGCUUCAAGUGCGUGGUACAAGUGUGCAAAAAAAUGGCUAAACUAGGACAGAGCAUUGCCUCAUCGACCAUAAUGCGUUCUGGGACGCUGGUCGCUGUAAUACUUUAUUAAAUCUGAACAACUUUCAAACAACCAACCAUUUAUUUGACAAAAUGUACAUUUACUGCUUUCCACAUUAAAUAUUUAUCAAACAUUAAGAGCAUCAACCAAUCAUCCUAAAAUGAACUACUUUCAAAAGGCAUUUCAGCCUUUGCUUCCGUAGCAAUGGAUUGUGGGUAAUACCCUUCACUUAAGUCUGCAUUGAUGCAGACUUGGGUCAAGUGUGGAUGAGUGCAAAGGGGGCAUGGUCAGCAUCCACACUUGAGAAUCGGGACAUCCUACGCACUCGCACCCCUGAACAGGAUUGCGCAAGGGUGGAAGUGUGAGUAUUUGGAUUGGGCCAUAAUCAUUGUUUACAAUCUGUCCCAUUUCCAUACUUCCUGGUUCUACAGCCAAUCAUUAGUGAGCCUUUGUAGUUGCCAAGUUUAAACACUGCUGUGCCUGCAUUUGUAAUUGGAUGCUGGUCAGCAAAAAGCUGAUUGGUUGAAAGAACCUAAGCCAGUAAACAGGAGUGGCUUCUUUUACCCCUAAGAAGCCACAACAUCUUUGUCGUUUAAUAUUUGGCAAAGAAGGCCAGAGGCUAAUGUUGAGCUAAAAAUGCUAAUGUGAAUUAGAAAAAAAAUUAUCAGCUCUAAAAAUAUCUCAAGCUGACUUUUUCAGUUACCAACCACUUGAUGUUAGAGUGAAUGUCUUUAUCUACAGCAGCAACAAGAUUGAAAAACAUUUGUCUAAAGCUGGGAACACACUUCACCCCUUUUACAGUCUUUCUAGGUUAUAAAGUUAGAGACCCAUUAGUUUGCAUUGACCCAUCCCUAUGGGGAGUGGUGAGCUGCAGCAGUGGAUGCGCUCGGGAACGCUUUGGUGGUUUAACCCUCCAAUCCAACUCCUUAAUGCUGAGUGUCAAACAGGGAGGCAUUGGGUCCCAUUUUUAAAGUCUUUGGUUUGACUUGACCGGGUUUUGAACCCUGAUCUCCCAGUCCCAGGGCAGACACUCUACAACUAGGCCACUGAGGUGACUAUGUAGACUAGAGUAUGCACUAGCAGACUGGUUUCACAAGAUUAUACGUAACGGAAGUCUGUGGGUCUGGACCAGGACCUGUUCUUAACGCUCAUAAAACAACUUACUGGGAUUUCCUUCUUCCAUCUCAACCAUCUUUAUUCUUGAUGAUUAUUAUUUUAUCAGGAUAUUUAAAAACAUGUUUUUUCUUCAGAACUGGUGCCAGAAUCCUGAUGAGUUAACCUCUGGUUAGCUGAGACUUUACGACACAAUGCAGCUUUACUAAACCUGAUCUCCGUUUUCAUGGCUGGCGUCUUGUCCAGACAAACACUGAUCAAUAAAUAACCACUGAGAGGUUCUGGAAACAGAAAUUUUUAUUCAUGAUUGCUGAAUGAAGAAAACUACAGAUAUCACCCAAAAA